AUUGAGUUUUAUGUUAUUUAAUUUCCAUUGAUAAACUAUAUUUGGGCAGCGGGGCACGUCUCCAGAUAACCUUGAGGCCCAAUAAAUACAGCAUUGACGCAAUGGUGCGCCUAUCCGCUCGCUGCCUCAUGGCCUUUCAACGAAACCAGGAUGCGGCCAACUUUGUGUUCGAGGGCAAGAAGAUUAUUGGAGUUGCCCUAAACUAUAUGUGCGCGGUCAGAGCAAAAAAUGUGCCGGUGCCACAGGUGCCGAUCGUUUUCUUAAAACCAACAACUUCUUAUCUGCGUGAAGGCUGUCCCAUUAUCUUGCCCAAAGUAUUUACCAAGGUGGCCUAUGAAGUGGAGCUAGGCGUGGUCAUCGGAUCGCGGUGCAAGAAUGUAUCAAAAGCUCAGGCCAUGCAACAUGUUGGCGGUUACUGUUUGGCUUUGGACCUCACUGCCCAAUGCAAUUUGGCUGCUGCGCGCGCUUCUGGCGGCUCCUGGACGUUAGGCAAGGGCUUCGACACAUCAACGCCAGUUUCACGUUUAAUACCGUUUGAUGCUGUGGAGGAUCCCCAUGCCCUGCCGCUGUGGCUUAAGGUCAAUGGAGAGCUGAAGCAGAGUGGCUGCACGGCUGAUUUGGUUUUCAAAGUGCCUGACAUUAUUGCCUAUGUAUCCAAGUAUAUGACAUUGGAGCCAAAUGACUUGAUACUGACGGGCACGCCAAAUGGCUCCGAUGCUUUCAAAGCUGGCGAUGUCAUCGAGUGCGGCUUGGCGGAUUUGGCCACCAUGAAGUUUAAUGUGUGUGCGGAGUAAUACAGACUUAUUACUGACAAAUGACAACUAAAUUGUAUGUUAUCAAUUUAAGUAUAAAGCCAUUAAACGAACGAUUAGGUUUGCUGAUCUAU